AGAGCCGGUAAUCAGCAUCCCUCAGAGGGGACAUGUACACUGAUCAUCAGGGCACUGAUGAUCAGUCCCCAACAGUGCCACCUGUCAGUGUCCAUCAGUGCCAGCUGUCAGUGCUCAUCCAUGCCACUUGCCAAUGCCCAUCAAUGCCACAUUUCAGUGCCUACCAGUGCACAUCAAUGCCACAUAUCAGUUCCCAUCUGAACUGCCUUUCAAUGUCACCCAUCAAUGCCAGUCAGUGCCACCUAUCAGUGCUGCCAAUUAAUGCCACCUAUCAGUGCCAGUCAGUGCCACCUAUCAGUGUGCAUCAGUGCCGCCUAUCAGUGCCCAUCAGUGCUGCCUAACAGUGCCAGUCAGUGCCACCUAACAG